UUUCUUUCCUCUACAACUAAUCAUAUCAAUUAAAUAAUAAAAAAUAUAAAAACAAGCACUAUACACUUUAUAUAUAAAGUAAUACACAAUACUAAAUAAUAAUUAUACCUACUGUUGGAUAGAACUUGUUCUAAUACCAUUUAUCCAUGCGAAAACUUAAGAAAUAAAUUUUAAUUACUAUUUUAUACUUUUUAGUGUAAUGCUUUGUUGAAGUAUUAACAGUUGAGGUAGUGGUUGAAUAAAGUUUAAUUUAAGACUCAAGUUUUGAUACAACUGGUUACUCAAGUUCAUCAACUUAAUCCUGUAGUAAAACUUCUGUAUCUGAAGUAAAUCAUAAGUUUUUAGGACCAAUUAGAAGCUCGAGCCCUGUAACAAAAACGUAUACUAAUCUUCCUCAACAUUUUUUAGCAUCUGUUAGAAUUGAUUUUGUUCUUGUUGAUAAUUGGUAUUAAGAUCUAUUUAAUCUAUACUUUGAUGGUAAGUUGAUCACUGAAUAAAAUUAUAGUGCGGAUUCUGGCCGUGAUUUUUGCGGUUCUUCUCCAGAUGAUAGGUUUUAUAGAGGUUAUUGGUCUAUGCCACACACAGCCUCUACUCUUACUCUUAAAGUAGAACUUUAAGAUGUUAAUGGUAAUCCAGAUAAAUAUAUUUUAUUUAGAUAGAUCUAAAUCUCCCUUGAUACUUGUGACUAAAGCUGCUCAACUUGCUAUGGAAGUUAAUAUACCAACUGCUUGACAUGUCCUAAUGGAGUGACAGAUGGAAGUGAUAGAUGCUAUUGUCCAACUAAUCAAUAUGCAUCCAAUUAACAAUGUGUAGCUAGUUGUCCUACAGGAUAAGCUCCUGACAUCAAUGGAUUCUGUCAACCAUAAUGCACUCCUCCUUAAUUUUAAUUUUAAGGGAUUUGCAUUACACCAGAUCCUAAUGUUAAAAAUAUUUAAUAUUAACUAGCUUAUGGUUUGUUUUCAAACAACUUUUCUGCUAUAACUAUCUUUAAUAUGGGUUGGAAAAUAUAUAAUAUGGGAUAAGUAGGAGUUUUUUCUGAUUGUGGAACCAAUAGAAUAUUCGGAGGUUUUGCCAUCGUUAACAAAGGUACAUACAUGGAAAUUGUUUUUGCAAAUCUUCCUAAACAUUAUAACGUAAAAAUUAUGCUUAAGGCUCUGAUGAUUGAUUGGGAUAGUAAUGCAAAUGUUACAAUAAGUAUAGAUGGGACAGUUGUAGAAACACUUACUGCACCAUCAUCUGGUGGUACAUAAAUAUGUGGAAAUACAAACAAGAAUGACUAUGUUUAUACUUUAAAUAAACCUGCAUAUACACAUUCUAAUGCGUAGCUAACUGUUACGAUUAAUACUAAUUACUAAAAUACAGAUGUUUACACUUUUGGAUUUGGAAUUAGAGAAAUAUAAAUAUAUUUAGAUUCGUGUCCACAAAACUGUUAAUAAUGUGAUGCAACUGGCUGUAUUAACUGCUUCCAAAAUUUUUUACUAUACAAAGGUAAGUGCUAUUCUCCUUGCCCAGCAAAAACAUUCCCAAUUGCAACAUUAGCUAUACCUAUUUGUUAAGACUGUUAUUCAAACUGUGCUUCAUGUUCAAUAGGAAACGCAUCCAAUAACUGUGAUACUUGUAACACAGGUAACUUUUUACUCUUAGGAACUUGUGUUUCAGAUUGUGGAGAUUAUUAUUAUGCUGAUACCAACAAUGUAUGCCAAUAAUGUGAUUAAACUUGUCUUAGAUGUUCGGGUCCUCAAGCUGAUAAUUGUACAAAGUGUUCAUCACCUCUCUAUUUAGAUAAAACUAGUAACAGAUGUGUAUAGGGUCCAAACUGUCCUUCAGGUACAUAUCCAGAAGUUUCUAAUAGAACUUGCAUGCCUUGUAAUGUAGUUUGUCUAACCUGUAAUGGAAGUUCUAGUACUAACUGCCUUACUUGUACUAAUUAUUUAGAUGUUAACACAUGCGUCUCAUAAUGCUCAGUUGGAAAAUAUGCAUACAGUUUAACAAAAUCUUGUAAACCAUGUGACCCUAAUUGCUACGCUUGUAAUAUUUAGGCUACAAACUGUAUUCAAUGCAGUGCUCCAAAUUUUUUAGAUAAUUCCAAGUGUUCACCGAAUUGCUCGGCUGGCAAAUAUGGUGAUACUACUGAUAGAGUAUGCAAAGUAUGUCCUAAUAACUGUACUAAUUGCUUAUCAGGAUCUCUUUCUGAUUGCACUGGAUGCUCUUAGGGUUAUUUUUUAACUAUCCUAAACACAACAUUAAUUUCAGGUACUUGCGGAUUAAGUUGUGCUAGCGGUUUUUGGACUGAUACUACAUAUAAUUAAUGUAAGCCUUGCUUUAGUAAUUGCGCUACUUGUAAUCCUCCAGGAACAUAAAACUCAUGUUUAACAUGUAAUGCUAACUUUUAUCUUACUGUCUAAAGCAGUUGUGAUGCUAAAUGUCCAGAUAGAUUCUUUCCAGACACUACUAAUUUAGUCUGUAAACCUUGUCAUAGCACAUGUCUUUAAUGUACUAACUCAAGCAAUUAAAAUUGCACAAAAUGUGAUACAGGAAGAUAUUUAUUGCUGAUAACAACAAAAGAAGGCUCUUGUUAUAUUAAUUGUCCAGAUUCUUAUUAUAAUGAUGGUGUAUCAAAUUCUUGUUUAAGUUGCUUUGGUGGAUGCAGGACAUGUUCAGGACCUCUUAGUAAUUAAUGUGCAGCUUGUUUGCCUGGUUUCUAUUUUUAUAAUAAUUAAUGUAUAAAAAAUUGCCCUGAUGGAACAUAUGCAAACACACAAGCUCUUGUAUGUGAAGAAUGUAAUUUAACUUGUAAAACAUGCAAUGGACCUUUAGAUAAUAAUUGUGCUAGCUGUGGAGGUACAAGAUAUAUGCUUAACAAUUAAUGCAUAUCAAAUUGUCCUGAUGGUCAAUAUAAUGAUAUACCUACAAAUACAUGCAAAAAUUGUGAUCCAACUUGUAAUACAUGUUAUGGAGGUUAGCCAAACUAGUGUGAAACAUGUACUAACAGUAGGUUCUUGAAUACAAACACUCAUACUUGUGACACUGUUUGCCCUAACGGCUAAUAUUCAUAAAAGACUCCCCAGUAAAUUUGUAAACUUUGUAAUCCUAUUUGUAAUACAUGCUUAGGACCAUCAGAUUAAUAGUGUUCAAACUGCCCAGAUAAUAGGUUUUUGUGGAAUGGUUAGUGCUUGGCAAACUGUCCUAUUGGAUAUUUCCGUAUAAAUAAUCCAAAUUAAUGCGUUACUUGUGAUUCAACAUGCGCUCGUUGCAACAACAGCCCUUUACCAACUUAAUGUAUUUCUUGCAAUCCAGGAAGAUAUUUGUAUAAUUAAGAAUGUCUUUUGUAAUGUCCAGAUCACUACUAUGGAGAUACCACUUUAAAUAUUUGUAGUUUAUGUGAUAAAACCUGUAAAACUUGUACAGAUGUUAAUUAUAAUAAUUGCUUGAGUUGCUAUAAAGGAACAUAUCUCCUUAAAAACACAUGUCUAACUACCUGCCCAGUGCACUAUGUUCCAAAUGAUUUUUCUUAAACUUGUAUAGAAUGUCCUAAAGAAUGCGCUACUUGCUUAGUAAGUGACCCAACCAAAUGCACUAAGUGUUAAACUGGAUGGUAUUUACUUGACAUGCAGUGCCUGUAAAGAUGUCCUAAUACAUACUAUACAGAUUAUGAUACUUAAACCUGCCAGCCAUGCUGCUAAAACUGUGAAGUAUGUACUGGACCUAACCCAUAAGAUUGCUAAGUAUGGUUUAGAUAGAGUAUAUCGCUGUUAAAUUUGCUAAUAUUUUGGAUUUUUAUUGGAAAAAGCGCAUAUUGUGCAAUUGUUUUCUUAUUAGGUUAUUACUUAGAUUCUAAAUUUAAACCCAAAGGUCCAAGAUUACCAUUUAAAGAUCCAAGAGAAAUUCUUCCAUACACUAAAAUUGCACCUUUACCUUAGAUUGGAGCAAGUGGUAAUGAAGUUGCAAAUCGAAGAGGAAGAAAUGGUACUUUAAACCCAAAUACUAUUUCAUAAAAUCCAAACGGAUAAAACCCAGAAGAUUAAGAUUUUUAGAAGCCGCCAAAUUUAUUUGUAAAGAGCGGUGGUUUAUUAGAUGAUGAAAAUCAUGAUGAUGAUUUCAAUAGCCCAAAUAAACAAGGAAAAAAUAAGAAAAAACCAUUCAAUCCAAAUACUCCAAAAAACCCUUAAGAUGAUGAAGAUGAUGAUAAUGAUGGUAGUGAUGAUGAUUAAAGCCCUAAUAAGCAAAACCCUAACGAAGAUGAUGAUGAUGACGACGACGAUGAUGAAGACUAAGUUUAGCCUAGAAAUGCAGGAGAUACAUAAAAGUCAGAAAUGUCAAAUGGAAAUCCAGAAAACUCCAAUAAUCCUAAUAACCCUCAAAAGAAAGGAAUGAAGUUUUUAAGAAAAGUUAUACUCCGUCAUGGUACUUUAAUGAAAUUAAGAGGUGAUAUCCGUAAGAAAACAGACAAAGAAGUUCUUGAUUUGAUUAUUCCAAAAGGUGAAGAAUCAGAAAACAAAAAGAAGAAAAUUGGUGCAGAUGGUAUGGUUGUGGAAACUAUUGAUAUGGUAGAAGGUGAUGACAAUAAUCCCAAUGAAAAUAUUCCAAAAGCUUUCCAAAGAAAAAAAUCAAAAUAAGGAACUGUUACUUUUGAUAAUACUUCACCAAAUAGCAAAAAUAAAUUAAGAAUUAAUAAGAAAAAAAAUUCUACCAUUCCUAUGAUAGGAGGAGGUGAAAAUAAUGAAGAUGAUGAUGAAGAUUAAGAUGAUUUUGGACAUCUCAAUAAAAAUCCUCGAAAUGGAAGUAGGUAAGGAGAUUAAAAUAAAAACGAUAGGACAUAAUCUACUAUUUUUAACCCUCAUGCAAAUGGUACAACAAUGUUAAAUCAAACUACUAAUACUCGUCCAGCAACUGCUAAUAGUGGAAUUUCAGAUAAUAAAGAAUUAUUACAGAAUUAACCUACUUUAGGUAUUUUAGCAGAAAAAGAGAGAUCAAACAAAGCUAAUCUUAAAUUCCCUAACGGAGUUGGGUAUUUUAGAACUCUUCUGGAAUUCUAUGAAUUAACAACUAUAUUUAUGCAUUACGACUAUGAUUUAGAAAGACCUCUAAGAGCUCUUAUUUUCUUUAGCAAGCUUCUUUUUAUCUUUUGUAUAACAAGACCUUAUGAUAAUGAUGUUCCUUUAGUUGGUAUUAUUCUCUGUAUGUUUGGUUUGAAGAUUGUUAUGAACUGUUUGGAAAGAAUCAUGACAAAAAUAUCCAGAUUUUUCGACAAGUUACUUUUCAUAUUCUUUGCUAGUGCUGUCAUAUAUUGCUUAUUUAAUACUUUUUAUCUGUUUUUACCUGCCUUAGUUUGGGUUAGCCAUUCUUAAGAUUGGAGUUGGAGUUUGAAGUAUUUGAUUACGUUUGGUGUAGAUUUGCUGUUUUUCUAAAUUGGCUAUUUUACCAUCUAAUUUUAUGUUACAAAGCACAUUACUUUCUGCCAUUUCUUAAGUUUACCAAUGAGAUUAUUAGGAUAUCUCUUUUUCAAAGAAAACAUUUCUUAGUUCAUUUCAGUAUGAAAAUCUUUAGAAAAUAACUAAGAAAUGAGUUAACUAAUAAAAAUAAUUUAAUUAUUACUUAAAAACUAUAUUAAUACAUAUAUAUUUUCAAAAUUAUAGUUUGAUAUAAAUUAACUCAUAAUUAGAACUUUCUUU